AUGGAACGCCAGCCCAAAGGGGGCCAUCCUGGACAAUGUUCCCAGGAGGCCUCCAGGACCCAGGACAUGGUCCACAGCCCCCUCCCCCCCACGCCCCACUUCCCGGCGAGAUGUAGAUACCCACAAGCUCCUGCCAUUAAAGCAGCCGGGGCGGGCGGGGCGCUGCGGCAGUCUGGCGGUGCUCUGCCUACCUGGUUGGCAAGAGGUCGGAACCUGUUCGGGGCCAUGCUUGGAACUCAGGAAUCCUCGCCCAAGUGGAAGCCCGCGGUGCCCGGGUUCAGCCUUCGGGGCACAGCCAGAGCUCCAGAAGCCACGUCCAGGCUGCUCGGGCAGCUUUGCGCCACGUGA